GCCUGGCGAUGGGGGAAGAGGCGGGGCCGAGGAGAAAAAGGAGCCGCGCUCCGCCCGACGAGGGCCAGCGCUGGAGAGGCGGCCGCGCAGCCGCCUUAGCUCUCUCUCGAGCCUCGGGCUCCGCCCAACCCUGGAUCCCGAGCCGCACAUGCGUAGCGCGAGCGACCGCCUCCGCCCCUCAUAGGGCUCGUGGCGGGGCUACGCGUGCGGCGCUGGUGGCACCACGGUCGGAGCCGCCCAGGAUCCGGUGAACCGAGCAGUCUCGUGAGAGGGGCUCGAGAGGGCAGGCGCAGGAAGAAGAAGCGCCGCGUCCGCCGCGGCUAAGGAAGAUGGUGUUCGAGUCGGUGGUCGUGGACGUGUUGAACCGGUUCUUGGGGGACUAUGUGGUGAACCUGGACACGUCCCAGCUCAGUCUGGGCAUCUGGGCAGGAGCUGUGGCCCUGAAGAAUCUUGAAAUUAAAGAAAAUGCCCUGAGUCAACUGGAUGUACCAUUUAAAAUUAAAGUUGGCCAUAUAGGUACUCUUAAUCUUAUAAUUCCAUGGAAAAACCUUUAUACCCAACCAGUUGAAGCUGUAUUAGAAGAUGUUUAUUUACUCAUAGUGCCUUCUUCUAGAAUAAAAUAUGAUCCUAUAAAGGAAGAAAAACAGCUCUUUGAAGCAAAGCAACAGGAAUUGAAAAGAAUAGAAGAAGCAAAACGAAAAGUAGCUGAUCAAGAAAAACAGCAUGUGGAGAAACAGGAUACUUUCACAGAAAAAUUAAUUACCCAGAUCAUAAAAAAUCUUCAAGUGAAAAUUUCCAACAUCCAUAUUCGCUAUGAAGAUGAUGUCACAAAUCGAGAAAACCCUCUGUCAUUUGGUAUUUCCCUUCAGAAUCUCAGCAUGCAGACAACUGAUCAAUACUGGAUUCCAUGUUUACAUGAUGAAACUGAGAAACUAUUUCGUAAGUUAGUCCGAUUGGAUAACCUUUUUGCCUAUUGGAAUGUGAAGUCUCAGCUGUUUUAUCUUAGUAAUUAUGAUGAAUCAUUGAGCAGACUGAGGAGUGGCAUUGUUGAUGAAAAUAUUGUUCCAGACGGUUAUGAUUUUGUAUUUCGCCCCAUAUCUGCUAAUGCCAAACUUCAGAUGAAUCGCAGAUCGGAUUUUGACUUUUCUGCCCCCAAAAUAGACCUGGAUGUUGAGUUACAUGACAUAACAAUUGAACUUAAUAAACCACAGUAUUUCAGUUUUAUGGAACUUCUUGAAUCGGUUGAUAUGAUGACACAAAAUCUACCAUACAGGAAAUUCAAACCUGAUGUACCUCUUCGUUACCAUGCCAAAGAAUGGUGGGCUUAUGCUAUACUUGGCAUUCUUGAAGUAAACAUUCGCCCCCACUUACGGAUGUGGUCCUGGAAGCAUAUUAGAGAACAUAGGCAAAAUAUGAAGCAAUAUAAAGAACUGUAUAAAAAAAAGCUAAUAAGUAAGAAGCCAUCUGGUGAACUUCUUAACUCUUUGGAGGAGUUGGAAAAGACUUUGGAUGUAUUUAAUAUAACUAUAGUAAGACAACAGGCCGAAGUUGAGGUAAAGAAAGCUGGAUACAGGAUUUUCAGAGAAGGAACAGAAGAGUCAGAGAGUAAUAAAGGAUGGUUUAGCUGGAUGUGGAAUUGGUCAGAAUCGCACAGUAAACAGCAACUAGAUAUUAAACCUGGAAGUCUUGAAGAAAUAUUGACACCUAAAGAAAAAAGUUUGCUGUAUGAAGCAAUUGGCUAUAGUGAAACAGCAGUUGAUCCAACCUUACCAAAAACAUUUGAAGCAAUGAAGUUUUUUGUUCACUUGAAAAGUAUGUCUAUCAUUCUAAGAGAACAACAACAAAAACCUGAACUGCUAGAUAUUGUAGUGGAAGAAUUUAGUACUUUGAUUGUGCAAAGACCAGGAGCACAAGCAGUUAAAUUUGAAACCAAAAUAGAUUCAUUUCAUGUUACUGGCUUACCAGAUAACUCAACAAAACCCCGCCUCCUGUCUUCAUUAGAUGAUGCUGGAUCACUCUUGAAAAUUAUGUUUGAGAUAAAUCCUUUAGAUGAAACUGUUGCUCAGAGGUGUAUCAUAGAAGCUGAACCUUUAGAAAUGUUAUAUGAUGCAAGAACAGUGAAUAGUAUAGUAGAAUUCUUCAGACCUCCCAAAGAGGUAAAUCUAGCACAGCUGACUUCAGUAACUUUGACAAAACUUGAAGAAUUUCGUGAUAAGACAGCAACAGGUCUGGUAUAUAUUAUUGAAACACAGAAAGUUCUUGAUCUCAAAAUUAACUUGAAUGCUUCAUAUAUCAUUAUCCCACAAGAUGGUAUCUUUAGCCCUACGUCAAAUCUCCUUCUUUUGGAUCUUGGACAUCUAAAGGUGACAAGUAAAAUUCGUUCAGAAUUACCAGAUUUAAAACAAGGUGGAGCCAAUCGUGAAGAGAUAAUGCAUAGAGCUUAUGAUUCCUUUGAUAUUCAGCUUACAAGCAUACAGCUGCUUUUCAGCAGAGUUGGUGAUAAUUGGAAAGAAGCACGAAAACUCAAUGUGUCUGCACAGCAUAUCUUGGUACCUAUGCACUUCAAUGUGGAGCUCUCUAAGGCCAUGGUUUUCAUGGAUAUAAGUAUGCCCAAAUUCAAGAUUUAUGGAAACUUACCAUUAGUUUCUUUACGAAUCUCAGAUAAAAAACUGCAAGGGAUUUUGGAACUGAUUGAAAGCAUUCCAAAACCCUCACCUGCAGCUGAAGUAAAUGUGCCUGUCAAAUCAUCUCAGGUUCAAAGAUCCACUUCUUUCGGAACAUCACAGAUGUCACAGAAGAAAUUUCCUCUUUUGGAAAUUCCAUGUGUUGAAGAUGAUUCAGAUGAGGAGUAUUUUGAUGCACCAUGUAGUCCGUUGGAAGAGCCUCUUCAAUCUCCAUCUAGAAUUAAAAGUCCUCAACAGAAAAAGCUUCAGAAACCAGAUUGUUUUAAAAAUAUGAUUGAGUAUAAAAUAAGAUUUGAAGUGCCAGAGGUUUUGAUUCAGUUCUGUCACCUUGUUGGAGACUGUGAACUACCUGUGGUAGAAAUUAAUGUCUUAGGAUUGGGCACAGAUAUUGAGCUUAGAACAUUUGAUUUGAAAGCAAAUGCCUUUUUGAAAGAGGUCUGCUUAAAAUGUCCAGAUUAUUUUGAUGAAAACAAGAAACCAAUUUAUUUGGUAACAACACUGGAUAACACAAUGGAAGACCUCUUAACACUGGAAUAUGUGAAGGCUGAAAAUAAUUUACCCGCAACAAUACUGAAGAAUGCUUAUAACAGUGUUGUGCAACUGAUAAAGGUGAAUUUUUCCUCUUUGGAUAUUCAUUUACAUACUGAAGCACUUCUGAAUACAAUAAAUUAUUUUAAUAAUAUCCUUCCAUAUUUGGAGGAGAAACCAGCCCCAGUACAUAUUGUGGAGACUGAAGACAAAGGGGAGGUUAUCAAAAAAAUACCUUUAAAAUCAUCCAAGAAUGAAGAUACUAUUACCUUGCAGAUUUUAGCAGAAUUGUCAUGUUUACAGAUCUUUAUUCAAGAUCAGAAACGUAACAUUUCCGAAAUUAAGAUAGAAGGGCUUGAUUGUGAAAUCAUUAUGAGGCCAUCAGUGACUGAAACAAAUGCAAAGCUAAGGAAUAUAAUUGUUCUGGACUCUGACAUAACAGCUAUAUACAAAAAGGCUGUUUAUAUUACCGGUAAAGAAGUUUUCAGCUUCAAAAUGGUUUCUUAUAUGGGUGCAACUGCUGGUUCUGCAUACACAGAUAUGAAUGUAGUUGAUAUGCAAGUUAAUUUAACUGUUGGUUGCAUUGAAGUAGUUCUUGUCAAAAAAUUUCUGUAUUCUAUAUUGGCUUUUAUAGAUAAUUUUCAAGCAGGUAAACAAGCCUUAGCUGAGGCAACUGUUCAGGCAGCAGAAAUGGCUGCUACUGGUGUAAAAGAACUGGCACAAAGGAGUUCUAGAAUGGCAUUGGAUGUUCACAUCAAAGCCCCCGUUGUGGUUAUCCCACAGUCUCCAGUUUCUGAAAAUGUUUUUGUUGCUGAUUUUGGACUAAUUACAAUGAAAAAUACAUUCCAUGUAAUAACAAAGAGUCCGACCAACCCCCCACCCAUUAUUGAUUUGAUAACGAUAAAGCUAAGUGAAAUGCGACUAUACAGGACUCAAUAUAUUAAUGAUGCAUACCGGGAAGUACUGGAUCUACUAUUGCCAUUAAAUCUUGAGGUGAUGGUUGAGCGAAAUUUAUCAUGGGAGUGGUUCCAGGAAGUUCCUUGUUUCAAUGUAAAUGCUCAGCUAAAGCCCAUGGAGUUCAUUCUUAGUCAAGAAGAUAUAACGACCAUUUUUAAAACAUUAUAUGGCAACAUAUGGUAUGAAGGUGAUAGUGCUUCACAUGAAGUAACAAAAGAUCAGUCCAGCAUUACUAGUGGUGCUACUACUGCUUCACACCAUCCAGCAGGAACAACUGUAGUGACAGCUGCUGUGGUAGAAGUACAUUCACAUGCUUCUCAAGUUAAGACAACACUAAAUAUGAGUUUUAGAACCGAUUAUCUCACCAUGGUACUGUACAGUCCAGGUCCUAAACAGACUUCCUUUACAGAUAUUCGUGAUCCUUCUCUGAUACUUGCUGAAUUUAAGUUGGAGAAUAUUAUAAGCACUUUAAAAAUGAAUACAGAUGACUCAACAUUUUCUUCCUUCUCAUUAAAAAACUGUAUUUUAGAUGAUAAAAGGCCCCAUAUCAAGAAGGCAACUCCUAGAAUGAUAGGACUGACAGUUGGGUUUGACAAAAAGGACAUGAUGGAUGUAAGGUAUAGGACAAUCCGAGAUGGUUGGGUGGCUGAUAUAGUCCUUCAGGAAAUGUAUAUUUGUGCAAGUGUGGAAUUUCUGCUGACAGUUGCAAAUGUCUUUCUUGAGGCCUACACUACAGGCACUGCUGUAGAAACCAGUGUUCAAACAUGGUCUGCUAAAGAAGAAGUACCUAAACAGCAAUCAGAAAAGUGGGAAAUGAAUAUCACUAUUAAAAAUCCUGAAAUUGUGUUUGUCGCUGAUAUGACAAGAAAUGAUGCUCCUGCCUUAGUCAUUACAACACAGUGUGAAAUAUAUUGGCUAGGUGACUUUGAAAAUGAUACAAUGACUGCUGCCAUUAAAGAUCUCCAAGUGAGAGCAUGCCCAUUUCUUCCAGUCAAGAGAAAAGGAAAAAUCACUACUGUUUUGCAACCCUGUGACUUGUUCUGUCAAGCUACUCAGAUAAGUACAGAUCCACAAGUACUUGAAUUAUCAGUAAAAUCCCUGACACUGAAGGUUUCACCAGUUAUCAUAAAUACUGUGAUUACCAUAACUUCAGCACUUUAUACUGCCAAGGAAACCAUCCCAAAAGAAACUGCUUCUUCUACAGCACAUUUAUGGGAAAAGAAGGAUACAAAAGAUUUAAAUAUGUGGUUUCUUGAAGAACCAAAUGAAGCUGUAAAAAGAGCUCCCAUGCCUGAAUUGGUACCCAAAGGAGAGAUAAUAAAAAUGAACAUUGAUUCUAUUUUUCUAGUUCUUGAGGCUGGAAUUGGUCAUAGAACAGUACCUAUGCUAUUGGCAAAAUCACGUUUCUCAGGGGAAGGCAAAAACUGGAGCUCCUUAAUAAAUCUCCACUGUCAACUUGAGCUAGAAGUACAUUAUUACAAUGAAAUGUUUGGUGUGUGGGAGCCUUUGCUUGAACCCUUAGAAAUUGAUCAGACUGAGGAUUUUAGACCAUGGAAUCUUGGAAUCAAGAUGAAAAAGAAAGCCAAAAAGGCCAUUGUUGAGUCAGGCACUGAAGAAGAAAAUUACAGAGUACCAGAAUAUAAAACUGUCAUCACUUUCUAUUCAAAAGACCAGCUAAACAUUACAUUAUCUAAAUGUGGCCUUGUAAUGUUAAAUAAUUUAGCUGAGGCAUUUACAGAAGCUGCCACUGGAUCUUCCGCUACCUUCAUAAGGGAUCUGGCACCUUUUAUGAUUUUAAAUUCUCUCGGACUUAGUAUUUCUGUUUCACCAAGUGAAUCUUUUAGUGUACUCAACGUACCUAUGGCAAAAUCAUAUGUAUUGAAAAAUGAGGAGAGUUUAAGUAUGGAUUAUAUGCGAACUAAAGACAAUGAUCAUUUCAAUGCAAUGACCAGCCUAAGCAGCAAACACUUCUUCAUUCUUCUUACACCUGCUAACCAUUCUACUGCUGAUAAAAUCCCUUUAACAAAAGUGGGACGACGACUGUACACUGUAAGACACAGAGAGUCUGGAGUUGAAAGAUCAAUUGUUUGUCAAAUUGAUGCAGUGGAAGGAAGUAAGAAGGUAACAGUUCGCUCUCCAGUGCAGAUUAGAAAUCAUUUUUCCAUACCACUUUCUGUUUAUGGAGGAGACACAUUAUUGGGAACGGCUUUACCUGGAAGUGAAUUUAACAUACCAUUAGCAUCUUACCGAUCACUACUUUCUCUGAAGCCAGAAGAUGCAGACUAUCAGAUGUGUGAAGGAAUUGACUUUGAAGAAAUGAUAAAACAAGAUGGUACUUCUUUCAAGAAGAAAUGUAGACCUAUAAACCCUUCCAGGAAGCCAUUUAUCAUUAAUAUAGUCCCAGAAAAAGAUAAUUUGACAUAUAUGUCAGUGUAUUCAGAAGACCAUUGGGACUUACCAUACAUAAUACAUUUGUGGCCACCUAUUCUACUCCGAAAUCUUCUUCCUUACAAAAUUGCUUAUUACAUAGAGGGGAUUGAACAUAGAGUUUUUACUCUCCAUGAAGGCCGUUCAGCACAGCUUUGUACUGUACAGUUGGAUAAAGCCAGGCUACAUUUAAAAUUACUUGACUAUCUUAAUCAUGAUUGGAAAAGUGAAUAUCAUAUAAAACCUAAUCAACAAGAUAUUAGUUUCAUCAGUUUUACUUGUGUUACAGAAAUAGAAAAGACUGAUUUAGAUAUUGCUGUCCAUGUGACUUAUAAUACUGGGCAGACUGUUAUGGCAUUUCAUAGUCCUUAUUGGAUGGUUAAUAAAACUGGUCGAAUGUUACAGUAUAAAGCAGAUGGAAUUCAUCGAAAGCAUCCACCUAAUUAUAAAAAGCCAGUUCUCUUUUCAUUUCAGCCAAAGCACUUUUUCAAUAACAAUAAGGUUCAGCUUAUGGUAACUGAUAGUGAAUUGUCAGAUCAAUUUUCAAUUGAUACUGUUGGUAGUCAUGGAGCUGUUAAAUGUAAAGGCCCAAAAAUGGAAUAUCAAGUUGGUGUCACUAUAGACCUUAGCAGUUUUAACAUUACCAGAAUUGUCACAUUUACCCCCUUUUUUUUGAUUAAAAACAAAAGCAAAUAUCAUAUAUCAGUGGCUGAAGAGGGAAAUGAUAAAUGGCUCUCUGUUGAUUUGGAGCAGUGUGUCCCCUUUUGGCCUGAGGAUGCUUCUAAUAAACUUCUUAUUCAAGUUGAAAGAAGUGAAAGCCCUCCACAAAAGAUACAUUUUAAUAAGGAAGAAAGUUGUAUUUUACUGCGUCUAGACAAUGAGCUUGGAGGUAUUAUAGCAGAAGUUAAUUUGGCUGAGCAUUCUACAGUUAUUACAUUUUCAGAUUAUCGUGAUGGAGCCGCUACGUUUCUGUUAAUAAAUCACACCAGGAAUGACAUUGUUCAGUAUAAGCAAAGUUCCCUCAGUGAAAUAGAAGAUUCCCUCCCUCCUGGAAAAGCAGUAUUUUAUACAUGGGCUGAUCCAGUGGGCUCUAGAAAGCUGAAGUGGGAAUGUGGAAAAAGCCACGGUGAAGUAACACAAAAGGAUGAUAUGAUGACACCUAUAAAUUUGGGAAAAAAGACCAUUUAUUUAGUUUCAUUUUUUGAAGGCUUACAACGCAUAAUUUUAUUCACUGAAGAUCCAAGAGUAUUUAAAGUGACAUAUGAAAGUGAGAAAGCAGAGUUAGCAGAGCAAGAAAUUGUGUUGGCAUUACAAGAUGUUGGGAUUUCUCUUGUCAACAAUUAUACAAAGCAAGAAGUAGCCUAUAUUGGCAUUACAAGUUCUGAUGUGGUUUGGGAGACAAAGCCCAAGAAGAAGGCAAGAUGGAAGCCAAUGAGUGUAAAGCACACUGAGAAGUUAGAGAAGGAAUUUAAGGAAUAUGCUGAAUCUUCACCAUCAGAAGAUAAGGUUAUUGAGUUGGACACUAACAUUCUGGUUCGCUUCACACCUGGUGCUACUAACAUGAAAAUUCUGCAGCCACAUGUAAUAGCUAUAAGAAGAAAUUAUCUUCCAGCAUUAAAAGUAGAAUAUAGCACAUCUGCACAUCAGUCGUCGUUUAGAAUUCAAAUUUAUAGAAUACAGAUCCAAAACCAAAUACAUGGUGCUAUAUUUCCAUUUGUGUUUUAUCCCAUUAAACCGCCCAAGUCCGUCACCUUGGAUUCAGCACCAAAACCCUUUACUGAUGUCAGUAUUGUCAUGAGAUCUGCAGGACAUUCGCAGAUAUCACGUAUUAAGUAUUUCAAAGUGUUAAUCCAAGAAAUGGAUCUCAGGUUAGAUCUUGGAUUUGUCUAUGCUGUAUCAGAACUUAUGACACCAGCUGAAGUCACUGAAAAAACAGAGGUUGAGCUUUUUCAUAAAGACAUAGAAUCUUUCCAAGAAGAAUAUAAAAUAGUCUCACUAGUAGAUUCAUCACAAGUCAGUCUCUAUGAAUACUUUCAUAUAUCUCCUAUCAAGUUGCAUUUAAGUGUUUCACUGAGUUCAGGCGGUGAAGAAGCGAAAGAUUCAGAACAGCAUGAAGGACUGAUGGCAGUUCAUUCUUUAAAUCUUUUGCUGAAGAGUAUCGGUGCCACUCUCACAGAUGUACAAGAUGUAGUUUUUAAGCUAGCAUUUUUUGAACUCAAUUAUCAGUUCCAUACAACAGCUGAACUACAGUCUGAAGUAAUAAGACACUAUUCAAAGCAGGCCAUUAAACAGAUGUAUGUACUCAUUCUUGGACUUGAUGUUUUGGGAAAUCCCUUUGGCUUGAUACGAGAAUUUUCUGAAGGUGUAGAAGCAUUUUUUUAUGAACCUUACCAGGGAGCCAUCCAGGGUCCUGAAGAGUUUGUGGAAGGAAUGGCACUAGGACUGAAAGCACUAGUUGGUGGAGCUGUUGGUGGACUAGCUGGUGCUGCCUCCAAAAUCACCAGUGCUAUGGCUAAAGGGGUGGCAGCUAUGACUAUGGAUGAAGACUACCAACAGAAGAGAAGAGAAGCCAUGAACAAGCAACCAGCUGGUCUUAGAGAAGGCAUCACUCGUGGAGGAAAAGGCUUAGUUUCUGGUUUUGUAAGUGGCAUAACAGGAAUUGUUACAAAACCAAUCAAAGGAGCUCAGAAAGAAGGAGCAACUGGUUUCUUUAAAGGUGUUGGGAAAGGUUUAGUUGGAGCAGUGACAAGGCCAACUGGAGGCAUCAUAGACAUGGCUAGCAGUACAUUUCAGGGAAUAAAAAGAGCGACAGAGACUUCUGAUGAAGUGGAGAGUCUGCGACCCCCUAGGUUCUUUAAUGAAGAUGGAGUUAUCAGACCUUACAGGUUGAGGGAUGGUACUGGAAAUCAAAUGUUACAGGCAUCAAAAAGUUUGAUAUGAAAACAGUUAAUGCAUGACUUUGCAAGUGAAAGCCAACAAUAGAUUUUAGUCUUAAAAUUUACAAACUACAUACAACUGUUUCAGUAUUUUGAAUGCAAAGAAAAGCUUUUAUAUUGGUAACAUUUUGUAUAGAAUUUUUAGCAGAUCUGAUCUUUUUAUAGAAUAUUCUUAGUUCUGUACUGGAUUUGCUAGAUUUGUUGAAAGCCAUUGUGCCUUACAUUCCUUCAUAAUUGAUGGUGCUUAUUUACCCAGUUAGACAGUUUCUGUUUAGGGUACUUCCUUCAAACCACUAAUAUUCCAGAUAUAAUCCUCCUGUCCAGUUAGACAAUAUAAUGAAAAAAAUCAUGACCACUGCUAUUGUGAAUUCUUGGGUUCUCCUUUUCUUUUGAAGUUGCUUAAAUGGCCAUGACUCUUCCUCCUGCUCUGUGUUUGUAUGGUCUAUUUAAAACCCUGUGAAAUUAAUAAGCAGUUCACAUGAAAACCAGCAUCUUUUAGUAAAGAAAGUUAGCUUUUGGAGCAAUAGUAAGUUUGAAGGUGAAGUAUUUUAUCUGUUUAUAUAGCUUUUACUUUGUAAAUUGGACUUUUUAAAAUCUGGAUUAUGCUGUAGAUAUUCACAAGAUGAUAUACCAAUUUAAAGUCGUUUCUGUGGUUUAGAUGUGUAAUGCUAAAUUAAAUAAUUUAUUUUAAAACAAGGAGUUAUUCUGUUGUACAGACUUGAAAAUAUUCAUAGUAAUAAUAAAUUGUGGGGAGAUACGGUCUUUCCUCUAUAGCCUUGAUAUUUUAAAUAUUGUUACGUUUAAAGUGAUCAGGGUAAAGAUUUCAAAUUUUAAUAUUUUACCCACUACAUGCCCAGUAUAUAAUUUUGCAUUAAACAUACUUCCAUAAACUCUAAGCAUUGUGUUAAUAUAUGACAUUUAGUUAUGUGGUUUUACAUUGUGUUUACAUUGUGUUAAAAUGUUUUUAAAGCAUCAAAAUAAUUGCAUGUUGGGAUAAAACUGCCAAUCUACUGAGAGAUCGUGUUCUAAAUAGCAUGUUGACAGACUCUUAAGGAUAGUAUAUCAUUCCUUGGAAGUGUUGUAGAAAUCCCCCAUUGUUAUACAAUUGAAAUAUACAUACCUACUCAGUACCUGCCUUCCCUUAUUAGAACAUAAUUAACAUAUUAUUCAUUUUAUUAUACUGAAUAGUUAAUAUUCAGUGAAGAGAAUUUAGAGUGGUGAAGAGAGUUUAGACAUACAUCCUCAUUAUUAGAGAACAGAUGAAAAGGAAGCCAUGAGAUACCAAAAGUUUCUCAUGUUUGGUUUCUUGAUUUCAGUAACAAGUGAAUUUGUCCUACACUUUUUUCCAUUGAUUGUUUUUGAAAGCUUUAAACUUUGGGAUUUAAGGUCAUGACUAUUGACUGUGUUUUUAAACAUGCCUAUUAUUUUCAGAGGGGCAGUCUUAGUAUUAAUUGCUGAAAGAGCUGUUUAAAUGACUAAAAAUUCACGAUCCUUGUCAGCCACUACUUAUUUUUCAGCAAGUGCAGUAAGCACUGUAUUAGUCUGAAUACCUAUAGGAACUCACCAGAUGUCUUGUGUGAAUGUUUGUGUUUGGCAUUAUUCCCUCACAGGUGUAAGAAGUGGGUUGUUGCUUUAGUGGUAACAGUAAUUUUUUGAAUUAAAACUUUACUAUUAGCAAAUACUAGUAUACAUAAAUACCAGUACUGUUGUAAAGAAGUAGGUGACACAUAGUCAGUAUUUCAAAUCUCAUCUACCUCAGUUUAACCUAAGUGAUUUAACAAUAAUGCCCUUAGAAAAUAUUUAGUACUUUCAGAUGUUUGUCCUUUUAUUUUCUAACUUUCUAAAAAGGGUGCUCUGUGUUUACUAAAUUAUAUGUGCCUAUGUUUGGUAACUAAAUAUGAGAUACACUCUGAUUGUAUACCUUUCUGUCUAGAAGGUGACACAUUAUUAUAGUACUUCCUAGUAGUCUGUUAAAGUUGCCUACUAGAGAAAGAAAAUAAUUCUAACACAGUCAUGGAAUAAUUUACUAAUAUCACCAAGUUAUUUUAUACGUUAAAUGUGCCAACCACAUUUAGUUUAGUUAAGUCUAUUAGAUUAUGAAAUAUAAUAUCCAUAAUUACUACCCCACUUAGACUUCAGCUCUAAGUGGAGUAUUAAUUAUGGAUAUUAUUGACUUCUUGAACAUUUCAUAAUUGUACAUGUUUUCCAAGCAGUUUGCCAUACUUAACUAACCUUUGUGCUUCUUUUUUUCUUUACCAUGCUUACAGAAAAUUCAGGUCUACAGGGAGUGGAUUGUGACUCACAGUAGAAGUAGUGAUGAUGAUGAUGACGAUGAUUAGAUUCUGAAAUGUUAAAAUCUAUAUGUUCUUUGUAAUUUUAUUUGGGGUGUUUCAUUAACAUGUUUUAUAUGAUUACUACCAUAAUGCCUAUAUGUCUAUUUUUAGAGAGAUAAAAGUACUUUUUCCUUUUAAAAUGCUCUUCUGUUUUCAAAAACAAAAAUUAACUGCAUUAAGCACAAAAAAAUGUGUUUUACAGCCAAAGUAGGGCAUGCCGUAUAUUACAGCAUGUGCUUGUAUGUAUUUUAUAGCUUUGCAAUAACAGUUUGUCUUUAAGAUUUAAAAUUAGACAAUUUUUAAAAAUGUUCAUUAGUUUCAUUUUAAAUUAUCUGCUUAUUUGUUAGCAAAAUGCUGUUUUUAAUGUUCUCUGUAGAUUUUAUGGGCUGUAUUAUAAUGUCGUUGAGUUUUGAAAAAAAGAAAAUUAGUAGCCAGUCAAUAGUUUAUACUUAUUCAGCAUUUCAGAAGUAUUUUGUCAAAUUUCUUUUAAUAGUAAUAAACUUCUGUAACUUGAAGCGAUACAAAUUUGUUGUUCUAUUCCAAAAUCUAAUAGGUUUAACUACUAUUAUAAGAAACAUUCAUGAUUUGUUUUAAAGGUUAUACAGUGAAAUAAUUUAUAGUCUGAGAGUGAAAAAUAUGUUCUUUGGUUCUCCUUAUAAUUUCAUUUUAUUAUGUAUAGUUUUUGUGAAACAGUGAAAAAAGUUGGUUUUACAGUCAUUUUAACUUACAUAUCCAUGUGCUAUAUCCUUAUUGUAAAAUGUUAUGAAUUAAUUCAGGACAUUAGAAGAAUUUUUAUAGUAAGCAUAGAUACAUGUAUUUCUUUUGGGUAAUAUUGGAAAAAUGUCAUAAUCUAUGUUUCUGAAAGAUCUAUAAGGAAAUCUGUUUUAUGUUUUGUGUGCCGAAGGCUUUCUUUUUAAUAUCAACCUAGAUGAAAAUUUUUGUUCUGUCUUUCUGUUAUAUCAGAUGUACUUAAAAAGCACAUCUUUUUAAUGUACUCUCAUUGUAGAUCUGUCUAGAAAGUAGCAAUUAUUAUAAUGGUUCCUAGUUUUUAAUACUCAUUAAAUAACUGAGUACUUAAUGUACAUCAGUUAAUGACUGUUAAUAGUAUGAUGUAAAAUCCCUUAUGACUACUCUGCAUUUGGAUCAACAGAGGAACAUUUACCUUAUGUUAAGCAUUUUGCUUAUAAUAAACUUAUAUCAAAUUGUAGUAGAUAAUUGCCAUAAUUGUUCACCUUUUGGUUUAUUCAGCCAAUAAUUGAUUGAGUCUCUUCUGAUUCUUAGGUUUAUCAAGAUUUUAUCUCUAUAAAUUAUUAUUCCCUAUUUCUUAGAAAAUGACUAUUUCAGAUUUUUGAUACUGAGGUUACCAAAAAAAGAAGCUAAACAUUUAGCUUUUGAAAUUCUACCCGCCUAGCAUUGAUUCAAGAAAUCAAGGUUAUGUAUGCUAGGACUGAGAAAUACGUGACUGUCAAAGAAUUUACUUACUGUUUUCCUCAAAAUAUUAUAUUCUUAUCUUUUAGAAUAAGUAAAUAAAUUAAAACACUGAAACCAUUAAAGUAGUCACUACUGGAAUCAGAGACAAUUUGUAUUUGUCAGCAUCCACUGGUUUCUUACCCUUGGUCAAAAUCAAAGCCUGCUGCUUCUCCUGGAAGCUGAAACAGAGUCUGUUGUUAUGUAUAGUAUGUGCCUGAGGAAGGAAGGGUCUGGUAAUUUCUUCAUUGACUUCUUAGAUCACAGCUUUGCUAAGCAUGAGGCCUUUCUAAGGGGAAAAUGCUAAACUGCUUAUUUUCAAGACAUUUACAGCUGAGUUUCCUUUGAUUGGUCUGUGACACUUAAUUCUGUGGUACAGAUUUCAUAAAGGUCCAUAAGAAUUUAUCUGGAAACAGUUCUGGAUAUUUCAGCAGUGCCUUACCAUAUUAAUGAAAACUGGAGGUAGAAUUACAUUUACUUAAGAUUUCCAGAAUAGUAAAGAGAUUUAAAAUAAUAUUUUAAAUUAACUUGAACACUUUGUUCAUGUGGCCUUAGGGAUUCAUCCUUAAGGAUUUAGCCCUUGGAAGUGACAUAUAUUCUUUUAACAGUAUAAUUGCCCUUGUUCUUUCUGUUUUCUUGCCCCAGUGAAAUACUCUUUUCAAACUUCUCUGCUGACCGGUAUUAAUUAUUUUUCUAGUUCUAAAAAUAUUUUUAUUGUUACUUUAAUUUGAGAAAAACUCAAGACUGAGGAUUGCUAUAUGGUUUCUUGAUAGAGAUAUAGGACUUUGACAAAAAUAUCUUCUUAUUCCUCAUUAAAUAUAUAGAAAAUGAGUUCAAUUUUGGGAUUUUAAAUAAAAUGAACAAUUAUUUUGUUGAUUAGUGGCUUUAUAAUUAAUUAGAACUUUAAAACUGAGAGUUUCCAUCUAAUAAAGUCUAGUGAGAAAGUGAGUUUGAAAGAUUGACUAUGUAAUACCAUACCUUUCCAUAUCCUUUAACUUUAUAUUCUAAAUUUCUGUGCAGUCAUUGCUUAUGUAUAUAAAAGGAGAUGGAGGGUUCUUCUGUCUUCUUCCUGAAGGGAAUAAUAAUUUAUUCUCUAUUUCUUUUGUGUCUACUUUAUAUUUGAAUAGCAUAGUAAAAACUGACAGGAAGAAAAAUUUAUAAAAAUCCUGAAUUUGUGAAUACCUAUUACCAUGGAUAAAUAAUCUGCUUAUAAAAACCUGUAAAUGAAAUUAUUUAGUGUUCACAUUGGUAUAGAUAUAACAAAUGAAGUCCAGAAUAAUAUUACUGACUUGGAAUAUUCCUUAUUAAAAAGGAAGUUGUAAUUUUCAGUUUGCUCCUAUUUUUAAAAUGAUCAGAAUUUUAUAAAUUUUACCUUCUGAAAUUGUUCAAAACACAUAUAUCAUUGUGCAGUGUUGAGUGUUGACUUUAAGGUCACAUUAUGAAAAUUUAUAGAUGGAGCCAUGUUAGAUCUGUGACUAGGACAUCAAAGUUUAACAUGAAAUAUGAGCUGCUGUAUUUUAUGUCCCAAAGUCAUGUACACUAUCAAAUGAUGACUGCUGUAAUAGCUGCUGUAGUAGUUUGUCUGAUUUAAAUCCUAUGGUAAAAUUUUGUUACACUCUCCUAUAGUGAUGGAGGAGGACCAGAAACAACCAUCCCAACUGUUUUUGAUUACUUUUCUGCUGUACCUUUAAGCCUCAGCCUUUUGUUUCCUUGCAUAUUAAUAGUUUAUUAUAAAAGUCCAAUAUAUUAAAGAUCCUGUAGGGUCUAAACAAGAUACACAGAUUGUUCAUUUAGGUCAAAUAAUAAUUAUGAUGGAUAUGUAAAAAGAAUGUUAGUUUUAUUUAUUAUUCUAUCCCUACACCUUGGAAAUAAAUGGAGAUCAAUUAAAAUGUAUAGGUCAUUAAUUUAAUCUUUCAGUGGAUGAAUAUUCAGAUUUAUGAAGUGCAGUGAGUACAAAGCAUUCUAUAGGAAACAUUACAGAAAGUCCUGAAUCGAAGAAUGAAAUACAUUAUUUUAAGUAACAGAGACCAUGAUGGGGGAGCUAAUUAGAAUAAUUUAUAAUGGUCAUAUGUAGGCAUUUAUGACUUGGUCUGUCUUAAUGUGAUAAACCAUUUUUAUGUCUAUACUUAUCUCUCAAUCAGUAUGAUAAAUUUAACACUUUAUUUCAUAUCAACCAAUAUAUAGGAAUAGAGUACCUCCAAGUAUCAGCUUUAAAUGUUUAAUAAUUUUGUAAAACUGGUUUUUAAUGUAGCCCUCUUCAUUGCAUAUACAUACUCUAUACAGUGAAAUAGUAACAGAUAUCUACUAAAUAUGCAUUAUGCUAUUUCUCUGAAUCUUAGAGAUCCUUAUUUAUUUGAGCAUUUAUAAUAUAGUCAUUGUGUUUUUAUCAGCAGAUAAUUAGGAUAGUAUAUAUAAUUCUUAAUUGGGAAUGCUAUGGUUUUCUACUGUAAGUUAUCAUUUAUGAAUAACUUGUUACAUAUAUUAUGUCUACAAAGAUUUUUCUAAUGUAUUCAGUAGAACUUGGAGUUUCUUUGAAUUAAAAGAAUUUAUAGAGACACUCCUUUGAAAAAGGUAAUUCCCUUUUGUGAAUCACUUGAUUUACGUUGGUUCUCAAUCUACAAUUUCAGUAUUUUAUAGAAGAUGUGAAAUUUUUAAAAUUUAGAUUAUUUUCUUCAUUGUUAAAGUAAUAUAUGCUCAGUAAAGAAAAAUAAGAAUAGAAAAGAAAAAAUUACCCUAUCUCCCCACUGUAUAUUAUAGUUUAUUUCACUUUUAAAUUUUAUUUAUUAAUUGAUUCAAAUAUAUAAAUUUCUGUUAUAUAUUUUUGUUUUAUUGUAAAUUUUUAUAAAUUGAAUCACUUUUUUAAGAAUUAUUUUUAAAUUUCUGAAGAUGAAAAAAGUGAUUCAUUUCAUCCCCAAUGUAGGAAACCUGGUCUUUGUUUCUACAAUACAUUAUAGCCAGCAGAACUUUUCUAUAUUUUUAUAUGUAGAAGAUUUUUUUUUGUUUAUUAAUAAUCUCAUAGAUUAUU